AUGCGCCGCUCGUCAAGCAUCAGCAGCAUCAGCUCAUCCAGCUCUGAGUCGGAGGAGACGAUGCAGAUCUUCGUCAAGACUGUCUCCGGCAGCAACACAAUCCCCCUUACAAUCCCUUCGAAUACAUCUAUAAGCACUCUCCGCUCUCUCCUCGCCCUCCGAACCAACCUCUCCACACCCUCCGAUCUGCGCAUAGUCCACGCCGGCAAGCAUCUCGCCUCAUCCGACACCACCUUGGCUGAUUACGCCAUCGGCCCCAACUCGACUCUCCACCUCGCACUCCCACUCCGCGGCGGCAUGCCCCCGAAGAAGAUCCGCUGUUCCUUCAAGGACUGCAAAGACCGCGCGCAACCCAUUGUCGGCGACUGCGGCUUCUGCCAGGGUAGGCACUGCAGUCGUCAUCGCAUGCUCGAGGAUCACAAGUGUGAGGGCCUGGAGAACUGCAAGAAGGAGAGCCAUGACCGAAAUGCGGAUAAGCUGAACAGCGAGCGCACCGUUGCCAUCAAGGGUGUUUAG